AAGUUUAGUGUGGACUUCAAUUGAUCUACUUGCUACUUUUUCCUAUAGUUAUGACUCUCCACUGGUUUGCACGAUCGGGUAACAUCGUAAUGUAUUGUGACUCUCAGCUGCCUUCAUACCACUCCAAAAUGAACUAACCUUGACAAAAGCAACUAAACGAACGAUUAUAAAGAAGAAGAAUGUAUUAAACGAAUUAAACAUAAAUCAUUGUUUAUUAUUUGUAUAUAACUGUUAAAAAUGUGAAGAUUGUUGAUACAAUUCAUAUUAUCUCAAAAUGAACUGGUAGAAAUUAUAUUUUAUCAGCAAUGGGGUGGAUGACAUGUUGUCAAUGUAAAUCAAACGACGAGAAAAUAAUAGAAUUAGAUUUUUCAAGAUGUGGGAUUUCUGAAGUACCUAAUGAAGUUUAUGCCAAUUCUCCGACACUCGAAGUCUUGCAUUUAGAAGGAAAUAAACUGAAAGACUUAUCUCCACAGUUAUUUCAGUGUAUAGAUUUAAGAUACCUUAAUGUGAGUGAUAAUGAAAUCCGAGCCAUACCACCAUUGAUAUCAAAAUUGACCAAUCUACAAGUUUUAAUAUUUAGUAAAAAUGUUUUAGAUGGAGUUCAUCAAAAUUUAGAUAAACUUAGCAAAUUGACUAUGUUGGAUUUAAGUAUGAAUGAUUUAGGUAAAGUUCCAGAAGCCAUUAUGAGCCUUAUUAAUUUACAACAACUUUGCCUGAAUGAUACAGGUAUUGAUUUUGUUCCUGCAAAUAUCGGAAGACUUUCUAAUUUAAGGAUAUUAGAAUUACGAGAUAAUAAUUUGUCUGAGCUACCUAAAUCUAUUAGACGCUUAACUAAUUUACAACGACUUGAUGUUAGUGAUAACAAUUUAACAAAUUUGACAGAAGUAUGUGAGUCACAUGGAAAUUUGACUGAAUUAUGGAUAAAUGGCAACAAUAUAUCUGAACUUUCAGUAUCCAUAACUCACCUUAAGAAGAUAAAUGACUUUGAUGCCUCUUAUAAUAAUCUAGAAUCGGUUCCAAAAGAAAUUGGGCAUUGGACAAAAAUAACAAAUUUAAUUUUAAGCUUUAAUAAUUUAGUUUCAUUGCCAAAGGCUGUUGGAAACCUCAGAAAUCUUCAAGUUUUGAAACUUGAAUCAAACUUUUUAGAGGAACUGCCUAGCACAAUUUGUAAAUUAGUUAAUUUGGAAGAACUCAAUCUGCAGAAUAAUUCUUUAAUAAAAGUACCUAGUGGGAUUGGGCAUUUAAGGAAACUAGCAACAUUGAUAUUGUCUGAUAAUAAGUUACAACAGUUGCCUUUAGAAAUUGGUAGUUGCUGUGAACUUUCAAUAUUAAACGUUCAUAAUAACCAUUUGGAAAAACUUCCAGAUGAAGUUGGUCAUCUUCAAAAUUUAACUACUCUUGGAUUAAUUGGGAAUAGACUCUCAUACUUACCUAUAACAAUUUCAAAACUCCAAAAUCUUAAAGCACUAUGGUUAACACCAAAUCAAACACAGCCAUUAAUUCAUCUUCAAAAUGAACAACUGCCAGAUGGUCAGGUAGUCCUGACUUCAGUUGUUUUUCCGCAAACGCCUCUCAGAGAACCUCCACCUGCACAACUACCUAUGGGUAACCAAAACUGCCACAUUACAUUCAAUACAGAAAGGAAUGAUUCUGAGGUUACAGAUGCACAGAUAUCCUUGAGUAGAACUCCUACACCACACCACAAGGAAUUAAAAAGAUUACGAGAAGUGUUGAGAAAUUCUCAUAUUCCAGGAAAAAGGCCGUUAAAUAUUUCCGAAAUAAAAGAAGCCAAAGUAACAAAUAUAUCAGGAGAUCUAACUGUAUCUGAAAAUAGUUUAAAUGGUCGCGAAUCUACAGAAAUUCCUGAAAAUCUAUCUGACAUAACAAGAGAGAUAAACAAAACCCCUCCAAAACAACCUCCACCGUAUCAUAUAGCCGCUGUUUACUCUAAAAACGCACAUUUAUUUACUCAAAAUCAAACUGUAAGUCCUCCAAGUCCAAUGGACCAACCAAAACAAUUUAGCCAAAAACAGCCUGCUAAUAUUCAUAUGCCGACUCCCAAACUACCAAGCAAUAGGAGUCACAUUCCUGUUUUGCAAAUCGCUGAUGCAAAUAAUGGUUAUAAAGAUGUUAAUAUGAUGUGUGAAGAUGAUUUGAAUCAGAGUAAACAGCUUGUUAAAUGGCCAUUUGGAAAGCAUAAAGUUUGUCAGGUUUUAGAGGUUGAGAUUCCUCAAUCAUUUACCCCGAAAAAUAUUCGUAUUGUUGGACAAAGUAAUGGUUUGUUCAUAGAUUAUGUAGAUCCUCAAAGUGAAGUAUUUCAGAAAGUUUGUAUUGGAGAUAAGAUAUUGGCCAUUGAUGAAAUUGACUACACUAUUAUGGAACCAGUUAUCGCUUAUCAAGAUGCAUGCCAAAGAAUGAGCAAUUUAAAAACUGUGACUGUCUCGAGAAACCCACCACUUUAGCUAAGAGGUUAAAUGAAUUAAAUUCGCCAUUCUUAUUGGGUUAGUAUGAAAUAUCACAAAACUGCAGCUACUUCUUCAGAAUCAAAGUAAAACUAGAAGAUUUUUUAAAAAAUAUAUCAUUAACUGUUUGAGUUACUAUCGUAUGUGAUACAUUUCACCAAGCUUGAUAUAUCCUUUGCGAUAAGUUUUCUUCAUUAUUUUGUUAUUGCAGCACUGGGACAAAAAAGAGUUCUCUCAGCUACUUAAAUGAUACCACAAUUGCGCAAUGAAGUUUUAAAACGUAUUGAUUAUAAAACUAAUAUUAUACACUUUUGACAACACCAUUAUCUUUCAGAUUGCGAACUUUCUCUUUAUUUGAUACCAAUACUUUGUUCUAAAUUUUUUAUGACUUAUUUCUGUACACAAAAACUGAUGGUUCGCAUAUUCUCGUGCAGGUGGUUCAUAUUAAUUACUGCUGUAUGAAAUGAGCAUAUAAUAAUCAAUCCUUAUAUCUCCCAAUCUAUACUUCUUUAAUAGAGGAGAGGGACACCCCCAAUUUUUUUGAUGCACCGACCAACUUCGUCCUAGUCGCUAAAAGGGGUCUAUUCUUAUAUUGAUGGGAUCGCUGAAUACGAAUAUGAUAUUUAUUUUUAUAUAAAAAUGGCCAAAAUGAAUGAAAACAAUGAAUUUUGAUUUUUUAUAUUACUAGCUAAAUUAUUCAGAUUAUUUUGUAGUUCUUUAAUGGUGUUUCAAAUCUUUCUCCAUCGUUCGAAUCUAAGUUUCCGGUGAUAGAUUUAAAAAUUGAUCCUACGCCUCUUUUUGUUCUAGAGGGAUGGGGUAAUAUUUCUAUUAAUUUAUUAUCAACCUUGGCUUCUGUGAAGUCUAGUAAUUUACAAUAAUUUGAUAGAUCAUUAGUGUAAUGUUUGUUUUGGUCAGCAAAAUCUCUAAUUUUUGCAGCUUGAAUUUGUAAUUUCUUUAUUUCUAAGAUUAUUGGGUUCAAAUCAUAGUAAUGUAUAAGUGCAUAGUUAUACAUUUUAAUUUUUACAGUUCCUAAUUUGAGGGGUAGUAGCCCGGGGUUGUCAACUAGAUUUCUAAUUGUUAUUUUAUCCUUGACUUUUGAUAUAAGAAGUAUUUUAUUUAUAUCAAUAUCAUAAACGUCAUUGUUAUUAAUAUGUUCGUUUACUAUAUCUAUUGGCUUUAUCUUUGUGCUAGAAUGAAUCGAAUGGUUGUAAGCAAGUAUUGCAUAUAGCAUUUUUAUUUUAAUUGGAGUUUUUGAGAAGCCUUGAGUAUUUAGAGUCUUAUGGGUUCUACUAGAGUCUAAUGAAUUCUUUCUAUUUGCCCAUUAGAUUGAGAAUGAUUGGGAGAGGUGAAAUGAACUUGAAUUUUGUGAAGGCUCAAUAGUUCUGAUAACAGCAAAUUUUUUAAUUCAGUACAAUUAUCGGCAAUUAUUUGUUUCGGGAUACCGUGGUGAGAAAAGAAUUUAAUAAGAUUGUCUACCACUUCGGUUCCGGAAGCAGAAUUUAUGUGAUACGCUUGGGCGUAUUUGGAAAAGCUGUCAAUAAUCGUUAAAAAUUUUGUUUGUUCCAUUGUGAAAGAAUCUAAAUGAAUGAUUUCGAAAGGGUUCGAAGCGGUCGGAGUAAUAUUCAAUUGCAUGUGCACAGGGUUUCGUUCAUAUUUACUCUGGUGGCAAGUUUGACAUUCGUUUAUAAAUGUUUGUAAAUGGAUUCUUUUAGGUUAGACCAAUAAUAUUUUUCUUUUAUUCUUAAAUAGGUUUCAUCUAUUCCUCGGUGGUUGGUUUUUCCUUCAUGAUAAUUUUGUAUAAUAGUUUUGAUUUCUUUGGGGUUUGUUACAUCAGAUAAUUUUGAAAUACAACGUUUCAGUCGAAUUGAAUUUGAUUUGAAAUAUUUUUGUAAUACUGUUGAAAACGGCUCGUACAAUUCAGGGCUUUCGAAGUAAACAUGAUAUUGAAUACCUGGUGAAAUAAAUUCUUUGAUAAAAUUGAUAACAUCUUGCUCCAGAUUAUUUUCUGAUAUUUGUACUAUUCGUUUCUUUUUCUCGAAUAAGAUUCUAGUUUUAAAUUUUGCCGAAAAGUGUAAAACAGAACUAAUUAUUAUUUGUUUCUGUCCAGUGUUAACUGCACAUUUUGCGAUGGGAAUGCCUAUAACCGGAUUUUCUUCGGAAUUAGAAUGCAUUGUAAGAGAUUCGUUAUCGUCUACGUUAUUUAUCUCAUCGUUGAGUUCAUUUUCACGGUCAGGUGUUAUAUGCUGUAUUGCAUGGUCAGAAUCGUUGUUAGUUGAGUUAUUUGUCGGCGAAAUUUCAGAGUCUAGGUCAGUGUCUGGGUUUACUAUCAAGGAUAUAGAGUCUAGGUCAGGGUUUUCGUCUUGAAUUGUUUCUAUCGUCGGGGCUCUUAACUGAUUUUCGAUUGUAAUUGGUAAAGGUGUAUGGAGACUUCGUUGUGAUUGUGAUGAAAAUGGCACAUCAUCGAUAUCUAAAUCGCAAUGUAAAAUAUAAUCAAUUUUUUUCCAAAAUUCUUGAUCAUUGAGGACUUCGUGUCUUUCUUUCAAUUCUGGAUAGUGCGUCUGCAUUAGUAUUGAGUUUUCACUGUUUGUAUACUAUUUUAUAAUCGAAUUCGUCUAAUUCUAAUUCGCCAUCUAAUGAGUUUGGAAUUUGGGUCCUUUAGGGAAAAGAGCCAUUGGAGCGGUUUGUGUGUGGUAAAUUUUCUGCCAUAUAAGUAAGGUCGGAAAUAUUUUGUGGCCCACACAAUGGCCAAUAGUUCUUUUUUUGUGGUAUCAUAAUUUCGUUCGGAAUCGUUAAGUGUCCGUGAUGCGUAAGAGAUUGGAAGAUCUUUUCCGAUAAAGCCCUUGAGAAAGUACUGUUCCGAGGGCUACGUUACUGGCGUCUGUGGUCAGAUUAAAUGGUUUUGUGAAAUCGGGAUAUUGGAGAAUCGGAUCGUUAGUUAGGAUGUUUUCGCAUGUCUCGAAGCAGGAUAGAAAUUCGUCAUUUUGUUCGAUUUUUGCGCCCUUUUUUAGGCAUUUUGUCAGUGGUUUGGUCAAGUAGGCAAAAUUUUUUAUGAAGCGUCUAUAGUAUCCUAGUAGUCCUAGGAAUCCUUUUAUUUGUUUUUUGGUCUUGGGUAUAGGAUAGUUUUUAAUGGCUUUUAUUUUAUCUGGGUUGCAUUUCCCUCCAUCAGGGGUGACUACUUGUCCAAGAUAAGCAACCUCUUUUCUCAGGAAUUCCGAUUUAUCCAACUGGAUGUUGAAAUUGGAUUCUCUGAGUUGAUCAAAUACACAUUUUAGUCUUUCUACGUGCUCUUGCAGUGAAGUUGAAAAACGAUUAUAUCAUCAAGGUAGACCAGGUAUUUUUCGUUUUAUAUACCUCGCAGUAUAUUGUCCAUAGCCCGCUGGAAAGUAGCCGGGGCAUUUUUCAAUCCGAAUGGCAUUCUGAGAAACCUCCAGUGUCUGGAUUCGGUACUAAAGGCUGUUUUCUCUAUGUCCUGUUCGAGCUGUUGGAAUCUUGAGGCUAGAUUUAAGGUUGUAAAAUAUUGGCAUCUGCCUAAUUUGUCUAAUAAGUCUGUUAUAUUAUGUAUAGGGUAUUUGUCAUCAAUCGUUUCCUCAUUAAGGCGUCUAUAGUCAAUUACUACACGAAAUUUAGCGUCUUGUGUUUUCGGAACUACCCACGUGGGCGCAUUCCAAGCACUUGAGCUCGGUCGGAUAAUUUUGUGAUCUAGAAAUUUUUGAAUUUAUUUAUAUACUUCGUUUUUGUAGACAAAAAGAUAUUGAUAGGUCUUAGCGUAAACAGGUAUUUCGUCAGAAGUUCGUAUUUCAUGUUUAAUUUUAUUUGUAAAAGUAAGUGGAGUAUUUUCGUUAUAAAAUAUAUCAGAGUAUUCAGCACAAAGUUAAGUAUUUUGGAUUUCUCUUCAUCAUUUAAAUGAUCGAUUCUAAUUUUAAUCAAAUCUAAAGUUUGCGUAGAGGUUUCUUCUAGGUAAUUUAAUUCGAAAUUUUGAAAAUCAUUAUCAAAUAUUUCUACAGGAAGUGGUUCUGAAAAACUUAAUUUUACUGUAUUUGUGGUAGCAUUUAAGAUUGUAGUGAAAGCUUCUCCGUUUUUUGCAAUUGAUAAAGAUUCUGGUAUUUCACAACCGUGAAAUUUUUGAUGAGGAAUUAUAAUUUCGCCAUUUUUUACAUUGGUUUUGAUUUUAAUAACUUUUUCCGUUCUAGGUUCGAUAGUAAUAGUGUUCAUGUCUUUUUGAGUUUUGUAAUAGUUUAAUUUUAUUUUGCUUUGUGGACUGAUUAACCAUCCGCCAAAAAAGCCCAAGUUAGCUUUUAGCAAUUUUAAAUUAUCUAUUCCAAUAAGCCCUUAGAAGACACUAUGAAAUUUGAAUACAUAAAAUUUAAGAUUCAAAUUAUCGAAACAAAAGUUUUUUGAAGAAGGAAUUAAAGUGCUAUAUUUAUGGGCAGACUCUUGAAAAACUGAUUUAACAAUAAAUGGGCCAUGAGUUAAAUUCUCUGAAAAAUAUUGAAAUGCAAUUUCGGGAUCUAUAAAGGAUCUUGUUGAUCCAGAAUCUAUUAAGAGUUUAAUAUUAUACUCAAGUAAUAUUAUAUAGGACAACUCGCUAUUAUUACUUAAAUUCAAAGAUAUCGAUUCGGGUGAUAGGGCUUUUCUGAUUUCUGAGGUGUGUCGGGAAAAUUUUUAGAAUCUUGAUUUUUUUGUUCUACAAAUUGAUAUUGCUCUUCUUCAAGGUAUGAGUCAUCAGGAUAAUAAUACUGUUGGGGUGCUUCGUCUUCAAUAUUGGCGUUGAACAGUUCCUCUGUUUGAAAUUAUUUUGUGGUCGAAAAUUUUGGAAAUGGUUAGGAUUUGAAGGUCUUGGGUGUGAGUUCCUGGAAGAUGAACUCAUUGGUUGAUUGUUCAGUGUAUUUCUUGUGAAAAUACUCAUGGGUGUUGGGUUUGGUAAAUUCGGAUUUUGAUUUUGUCUGAAAACGUUAUAACUCUGCUGCGGUUUAAAAGUUUGAGCAUUCGUUGGAAAUCGUUGGGGCUGUCUUGACAUGAUAGGAUGAAUGGGUAAAGGUUGAGAUGGAAAUGGUCUUUGUUCUCUAUAGAAAUUAUUGGGUAUAUGAGCAUUGAAUCGAGCGGAAUUAUGAUUAUUUAAAUUGUGUCGCUGUGUAAAAGGUUUAUUCGAGUAUUGUGGUUGUUUUAUAUUUGUUUUAUGAGUAUAAUUCUGAAAAUAAUGUACAUUGACCUCUUUUAACACACAUUGUAAAGUUUCAGCUAAACUAUUUGGUUUCAUACAUUUAAUAGUAGUACCUAACGGUUCUUUUAGUCUCGAUAAAAAUGUUGUGAAAGCUACAUUAUUAUAUAAAUUUCUUUUUAAUAUUUUCGAUUCAUUUUCAAUUUUAUGAGCAUCUACAUAGCUACACAAAAGAUUGAGAAUGUUCAAAACUCUAUCAUAGAACUGUUGUGAUUUUGCAUUUGAUUAUUGUCUCAUCAUUACUAAAUCUCUGUUUCGUCUCUCUGGUCCGCGAAAUUUCUGGUUAAUACAUCCUUUAACUCGUUCCAAGUAGAUACAUUUUGUAUAUUUAUGACUAAUUUUGCAUUUCCAGUUAAUUUGGAUAUCAGGCAGUUUUAAUAAAUAAAUAUUUUGGGAACAAUUUGGCGUGUCUAAUCUAUAACAUGUAUCAAUUAAUGAUUUACAUACACUCAGAUAUCUGAUCAGGUCGUUUGGAUUGCCAUCGAAAUCUGGUACAUAUUUUAAAUAUUCUGGUCUGAAUUCGGCCAUUAUUAAGUUAUUAUUAUCUCUACUUAUUAAACUUUGAUUUGAAAUUUGCGAGUCAGAUGAAGGUCUUAAUUUUAAAUUUUGAAAUGUAUUUGUUAGAUCGUCAACUUCAGACAUAAGAUUGAUUGUACUUACAGUAAUAAUAGGAGAAAUAUUUCAAACAUUCCUUAGAGAUAUACUCCAAUUCAGCAAUUUUUGUCUUCCUCAGAUGAAUAUCUUUGCGAAAUCGGACAAUUUUGAUUCCAAUUCCCUUCGACGGACUUCUUUGAAGUUGGAGUCGUUUCGGUGUUCGAUACACUGGGCUGAUCUGACGUUCUAUGGGGCAAUGGCCUGUUCUAAGUCUGCUUAUUAUUGUUAGAUGCCUUUUAUCUAUAAAUGGAAUUUUGUAGAAGAAAGGUGUUUUCGGGAACUCGUGUUGAAUCGAAUUGUAUCGUUUUCCUUUGUUUGCUGAAUGAGUUUUUCCAUUGUUCGUUGUGUUCUGGUUUGAUUUGUUCUUUAAAAUGUAUAUAAAUGUCUUCUUAAUCUAUUUUAAAAUUUUCGGCUGGUACAUUAAGAUUUCUUCCGAUUUGUGCAAGUUGGUCAUCAAUUUCUUUCCCUAUGACUCCAACGUGUCCCGGAAUCCAUGCUAGAACAAUAUUGUGAUUUUCCUUUAUCAAGUUCACUAUUAACUUUUUCCCCAUUAAAUUUGCCUGUUAUUUGAUUAUUAAGAAUUUUGAUGGCGCUUUGCGAGUCGGAAAAAAUUAUGAUUUUAUUAAUUUUUUUAUUUUUUGCUAUUUCGAUCGCUUUAAUUAUUGCAAUUAUUUCCGCUGUGCAUAUUUGUAUGUGAUUAUGUAGUCUUAAAGAAAAUUUGUAAUUUAGGGAAGGAAUAUAGACGCUGCAGUCCACCUUGUUGUCUUCCGGAUCCAAGGAUCCAUCUGUGAAAAUUCAUGUAUAUUCACGCCAUUCUGCUAAGAGACUAUUAGCUGAAGCAGGUUCCUGUUAUGAUUCUUAGUCCCUUAUAUUUAGGGUUGCCAUCCGUCCGGGUUUCCCCGGAUUUGUCCUAGUUUAGAGGGCAUCCGGGGAAGGUUUCAUUUGUAGACCGGGUUUUUAAAUAAAAAAAAUUAUGUGUCGUUUGUCCUACGAGUAUUUCAAUCGCAAACAAAGGCGUUACAGACCUAAAUGAGCAUUUAAGUACGCUGAAACACAAAACAAACUUAAAAAAUCAGUCAAGUACUUCGAAUAUUACAACAUAUUUUGUGAGAUCGACAUCGGAAGACCUCCUUAUUUCAGCAGCGGAAGGCGCUCUCGUCUAUCAUACAGUAAGUCAUCAUAUGUCUUUUAAUUCAUUGGACUGCACUUGUGCUCUCAAUCGCGAAUUAUUUUCGACGUCAGAUACUGCAAAAAAGUUACGUGCAAUCGAACGAAAGCAACUGCGAUCGCCACCGGAGUGCUGAGCCCUUCGUCGGUUGAACAAUUUAAGACUGCUUUACAAGAUGUACCAUUCAUAAGUGUGGCUACUGAUGCUAGUAAUCACGGAAGCACAAAAUUAUUCCCGCUGAUUAUACAAUAUUUUGAUGUAAAAAAAAUGGAAUCACUACUAAGGUGCUUGAAAUUGAAACACUAAAAACGAGACAUCUGACACUAUUACCGAACUGAUAAUAACACAGCUUCGCCGGCAUGAUCACUUGUCUAAAUGUAUUGCUUUUGGUGGAGAUAAUUGCAAUACAAACUUCGGUGGGAUAGAUAUGGAACAAAUAAUGUUUUCCACAAGCUGAAGGAAAAUCUAAACCCAAACUUGGUUGGUGUGGGUUGCUCUGGACAUGUCAUUAACAACGCAGUGCACCACGGAUGUGAUUUACUGGCAGUAGACAUUGAAUCCAUCGUCUUAAAAAUUUAUAACUUUUGUUCCAUUUACACAGUACGAACCGAAGCUCUUAAAGAAUUCUGCGAAACCGCUGAGGUCGAAUAUAAACAGCUUUACUUAAUUAUUUUGAAAGCAUAGAAAGGCCACCUGUUUUAAUUAAACAGUUUUUCGAAAAUCCUCUCUCGGAAGCAUACCUGUUCCUUAUACACUCAAUUAUGCACACCAUUCACACAAAAAUACAGACAUUAGAGAAAAAGGCGAUAAUUCAAUUCUUGAAACAAAAAGCAUACUUUCUUCCGUAACAAAAAGUUUAGAAGACCGAAUUAAGGAAAAUUUUGUGCCGCUGAACGUUCAGAGUAUUAAAGAAGAUGAAAACAGGAAACAAGAGUUUAAAAAAUGCACACAUGACUUCUACAAUGAAAUUAAAAGAUAUAUUGAAGAAUGGAUGAAACCUUUAAAACAAUUUGAGAAAUUUGAUUGGAUGUUUUUGCUGAAAAUUAAUAACAACACAGAGUGGACUCUUAUUGAAGACACUGUCCUCUAUUUAAAAGAUAAAAAUAUAGACAUUGACGACGCAAAAUUAAUUGACGAGUGGGUGAAUUUAAAGGCUUUUUGCCAAAACAUAACUGAACAAGAUAAGCUUUUAAAAUCCAAUCAACUUUGGGUACAAUUUUUUAAAACGCCAAAUGCGAAUUUAUAUUCGGAAUUGCUGAAAAUUGCGCAAUAUUUUUUUUGCAUUCGGGCGCAUAAUGCCAACGUGGAGAGGGUAUUCUCAUUAAUUACACAACAAUGGACUAAAGAAAGAAAUUUACUAAGCGUAGAAACAAUUUCUUCAAUAAUUAACUAUUAAACGACAUAAAUGGCUGGAAAAAGAUUCAUGCAUGCAUGUGCGCGCCCACUACGUUUGUCGCGCCGCGAGAGCGCUCAGCUUGAAAUCGCUGUAUAUUUUUUCUACUGCAUAAUAAGAUCUGAAAAUUUCCACAAAACCUCUUUGCAUUUUAAUUUUUAAUACUAUGAAUUCAGAAAAAGGAAAUUAAAAACUUCAUCACUCAACUUUUGCAUUAGUAUCUAAAAAGUUACGGUACCGCAUGAAAAAUUUUCUAAAAUUUCCUGUUCGGUCGGAGAAUGCUUUGGGAAAUUUGGACUGGUUUAUAUUCUUUAAAAUACACUCUAGUAUAUGGCAUUAAAUCUUCAUCAAAAUAUAACGUAUAGUUGCAAAGAUACAGCGAGUUGAACACGCGAAAUCGCUACAUUUUUUUUUCACAUUUUUGGUUAAAAACUCGAUUUUGGCCAUUUUUAUAUAAAAAUAAAUAUCAUAUUCGUAUUCGGCGACCCCAACAAUAUAAGGAUAGACCUUUUUUAGCGACUAGGACAAGGUUAGUCGGUUUUUCACUUUCUAAGCGACUUUUUAUGGGUGAUCCGCUCGUCUAUAAACACGGCAUUUAUCUGUAUUUUUUUUAAUAAAGAAAACAAGGUUAUUGUAAACAUCUGUAUCGAUUGUUAGAUUCAAAUAUAAUGGUCAGUUGAUUACCACUUCUCAAUAUAUAUAAUUUUUUACUUCUCGAUUGUAAAUAAGUUGAUGACACAAAUAGUUCUAUAAUUUGGUAGUCUUAAUUUCCUGCUCCAAAGUUAGCAUCAUAUAUCAGGUGAUCUAGAAUUUUACACAUUAAUUUUUAAAGUUGUUGUAACACUUUUCUAAAAUCGAAUAAUAAGGGAGAUGUAACCUUUUAGGUGAACUGAAAACUAUUUUUUAAAAUAGCUGUAAAAAUAUUUUGAUUACAGAGUUAUUAGUUUGGGAGUGAUUAUAAGUUAUAGUUUCAUGUCGCUAACUACUACAUUCUUUAUUAAUAAAUAAUUGUUUUUGAAGGUAAGUUGAGGUUAUUACUUCAAUUUUUUUCUAAUUAUUCAAAGAAAGUAUUUAAAUAAAUGUGAUCUUAACCAUUUGAUAGAAAAAUUUCGGUUUUGAUUUACCCUUUUAAAAGGUUGUGUCUUCCUCCUUUUUCAGUUUUAGAAAAAGUAUACAUAAAGAACUAUAUUUAUUAUCUAGAAAUUUAUGUAAAAAAUAAUUUUUGAUCAUCUUGUUGAUGAUAUUUUAACUACUGUUGGUCUGACUUUUCUUUGCUCCACCUAGUAUUUAAGAUUCAGUCCGAUUCAAUUACUUUCUAAUUAUCUAGUUAUUCAAAUUCCUAAUAAUAUAUGGAUUUGUUGCAGAUGUAUUUAAGUGCUAAAAGCUUCUUUUGUAUACAGUUCAUGUCCCUUAAAUUUUAUCAAUUUGCAUUAAUUCUGGGUUCAAAUUUUAUUCAUUUCAUUAUGUACCUUAUUAUAUUUUCUCCUCCGAGUUCUUCUUCUAUUUCUUUAUUUUUCUUCAAUCUUCUCCCUCUGCUAUAAUAUGUGGUCCGAGUAUAGUUCUCAGUAUUUUUCUCUCGAUUAUCUUCAGGUCUAAAUCCUUUUUAUUUAUACUUUAUUUAUACUUACUUUAAAUUUACUUUUUCCAAAUGUUCGAUAUUCUUUUUGUAUUCCCUCUCUUAUUCUUUCUGCAAUUAGUUUCGUUAAAAAGUUACUGGAUUUGUCUCUAUCUUGCAAUUUUAUCAUCCUAAAUCUCAGUUUAUAAUGUUUAAUAUUCAUUUGUUCAAUUAGGAAAGGGAUAGCGGGGUCUUAAAUUAUAUAUGUCCAAAUUUGUUAUCUGGGAGUAUAAAUAUAAAUUUCUAUCAACGUAAAAGUGCUGAUGAAUAUAUCGAGUAUGUCUCAGUGUUAUUCGGAGAAAAGAAAAACUCCCUUAAAGUAGUAGUUAGCUAUUCGCGGGGAUAGCUAUACCCUUCCAAAACGUUCGUAUGCUUGUAAAAAAUAUUUCCUAUUACCCUAUCCAUUACCCGAAGAACCAAAUACUUGAAUUCUGCCAUAAUUAAUAGAUUAUUGCCCAAUAUCACAACAGUAAUUACAGCCUCUAACAAACAUUGAUGUUUGAUAUAUUAUUUGAUUAUGUUUGAAAUAUCCCUCUACACUAGUCCCUCUAUUAUUGAUCUAAAAUUAAUUGUUUGAAUAUUUUAACACAAAUCAAAACGUAUACUUGAAAUAAAAUGGGUCAUAUAUAUUCAGUGAUAGUUACAAGUUAGUUACAAAAAAUAUAACAGCAUAUUUUUUACUAUAUUUAAUUUUUAAGUAUAACUUUAACUUUAAGAAAAUCAUUUUUUUUAUUUUGUUGUUGAAGACAUUAUAUCCUCUUUUUACAAUUUACUAAUAUGUAUUGCCAGGAAGAAAUAUGUAAUAAUUAAUUAUAGGCAGACAGUUGCUUUUGUGAUAAACUGAAGACGAUAAAUGUUUCCAAAACAUAUAUGUGAAAUUCAUUUGUAAUCAGCCUGAGUAUUUGACUAGUAUAAUAAUUUGUCAGAGUUGAUAUACAUAGAUGUAUAACUGUUAUUUAUGCAUAAAAUACAUAUUUAUAUGAUAUAUAUUAAUGUAAACAGUAUUCAUAGUUUUACGUGUGCACGAGUUCUUUGACAACUCUAACAUUAUUUACAAUUUUAUAACAUUUUUAACGCUUUAUCUAUUUCUCUUUGUAGUUAUUCUUGCAUUGAUAUUAAGAAAAUAUUAAUAACAUGACUGAUUCGAGUAUUUUUGAGAAUAACUAUUUUUGUGUGAUAUUUUGAGUUAUUAUUUAUGUAUGAAACCACACUUAUAUUUUGGGUUUAUAAUUUCAUAGUACUUAAAGUUAUUUGUUGAAGAAAGAUGGUACAAUUUUUUAAAAUUUACAUAUUUCGUAUAAAUUAUAGUUGCAAGAGCAUUAUCAAGCCAGGCAUUCAAAUAACGUUUAUUAAAUUGAUUUAAACAAAUAAUUUCUACCCAAAAUAAGUGUAAAGACUAAAUUUGAAGAUUCUAGAAAUUACAUGAACAAUCUGAGCAACUAUAUUUCUUAGACAAUUUUAAAAAGUAAUUAUUAGUUAUUUUAUCUCAUUUUCAAAAGUAUAGUAUUAGUAUAUAAAAUUUUUUUAUACCAAUAAAAAAGUUGAUAAAACAUGCGCAUUGGGGACGAUUUUCUUUAUUGAGUUCAAAUGAAAUGAUAAUGACAUAUUUUAAAUAAAGAUCUUUUAAAUUGGACCCCAUGAUUAUAUUGAGGAAAAAAAUUUGCACUGUAAUGGAAAUCUUUAUGAUGACUUUUAUUAAAAAGGAGAUAUUUGAUGUGAAUAUAACGCAGUAAAUUCAAAAUUUUCACCACCUUUUUUGUGCAAAAUAUUAUUGUAACAGCUGUAUAGAUAUAUAUAUUGUUAAUCGUUUUUAAUGCAUGUUCAAUUAGUACUAGAAUUUAUAAAUAUUACAAUAAGUUGUUAUGAAAAUCAAAGUUGAAAUCAAAAUUUUUGAAUUGUUAUGAAAAAAUUUUGUGCAAUGAUCUUUCAAAUUUUUUAUACAAACAGUUUCAGAAUUACGUACAUUAAUUUCUGUGGUUGAUGGUAUGUCCAAAAAUAAGGGUACCCCUAACACUUGAACCCUGAUUUUGAAAUUUUCAAUAUUAUUCUUGGAAAUGGGUACAGCAUUUUGUUUUCUUUGACAUAUUCGCCUUAUAUUAUCAAAAUUCUGUUUAUUAUAAAUACUUUCAACAUGUGAUGUGCAUUGCUUGUGAAUCAGUGAAUAUUUUUAUUUUAUUAAAGCUAUAGUUAACCUGAUUGUUUGAGUACUUGGUCGCAGGCCCAAAUCUCAUAGAAACUACGAUUCAAAGGCAGUGUGGGUUCAAGUAGGACGAUGAUAAUUAAAACAACUAAUUUCCACUGAACUCCAAUAUGUUCAUUUUUUGAGACAAAUUAUAUAAAACAUUUAUAUAAUUCCAAUUAUUAAAAAUAUAAUUUCGAACAUUAUUUUAAACAAGAUAAUAAUGUGUAGACCUUUUUUAUUAGUUUUCGGCCACUUGGAGUUUUUUCUUCUUAGUAGUGUGAGGUGUAACAAACUCUUUUUUUCCUUUUGUCUUUUUAAGAUUUGGAAGUAGGUAACUAAUAAACCAAGUCUCAAAAAUUACUAAACUGAUCCAUCCAUUCUUACUACAGUUUUAUCUAGCCUCAGAUGGGCCUCCUUCAGUUGUCUACAUUUUCAUUCUUAUAUAUGAUAAAAGAUAGCAUUAAUUGUCGUCCUGCCUUUCCAUAAAAAUUGUAGUUAUGUAUACUUUGUUGUAUUCCGAACUUCACUAUUUAGUACCUUUGUAGCAAACUACAUUGUGAAAGGGUGUGUCUCGAAACUGAUUUCUCACAUUGUCAGUAUAUUCAAUGUUGUCGACCCUGACAAAUCUAAAAUCAAGUUCGGCACACAAGUUGUUUAGGUGGUUAACUGGUUAGGUUAGGUUGCAGCUUUUUUCUCUAGUUUUUAUUGAUUUAUCCUCAUACUCCUUGGUUAACAAGAUAUACAAUGAAUGAGUUAUUUAGGACAUGAACAAACUUCAAUUUUGUUUCAAAAUAAACUUAAUAUGAAAUUUAUACACCUACCUCCAAUUUUAGGCUAUUCCUGCUGUCUAUAGAGACAGGACAUCUUCAACGUCCUAGACUCACAAUUUUGUCUACUUAGUGCUGCUGCUUAAUAACAAAGCUCUGAAGUAAGCCGGUGUAUCGAUGUGAGAAUAUUCAGAGAACCAAGCUUCAUUUUUUGGUCUCAAGUAGAUUUAGAAACUUGAGGUUUAAACUAUCUGCCUAACGGUUUUGAUUAUGAAAGUGGUUAUAAGACAUUAGGAUGAUGAAUCCAUUUUUAAAUCUUCAUCAUUGCAAAAAGGUGACAUUUCCGAUGAAUUCAAUCUCGAAGCUAUACAUGUAUUUUUUGUAAUAAAUAAUAAAUAUGACUGUUUUAAAAGGUUGUAUAUUAAGUAUUGUAUUUAUCAUUAUAAUUAUUACGAUUUAGAAAAGUAUAAGCAAAGCACUAUUUCAAUUUCAGGAUGUACUAUUAAUUGUUGAAAUUAAUAUACAUAAUUUUGGACCACCUUUAUAUGAUUGUGAUAUGUCUUCCAACAUUACAUCAAUUUUUAGAAUUAUAUUUUAGUUAUAUUGAUUUUUGGUAUUAGAUCGGCUAUUCAUUAUUAAUAUUAGUUUGUAAAUAUCAACAAUUUAGUGCUUCAAGUUAUAUUUUGGAUCAAAAAUAGAACUCAUUUACUUUUUAUGAUUGAAAAAAAAACGCAGGAGAUCACAAUUUAAAUUAUUCCAAUAACAUCCCUUAAAUUUGGAUUUUGGAUUAUUCGAGUACAAACUUUGUAUCACUUUUCAGUUUCACUACAUUAUUAAUCAAUAUAAAUUACACAAUUAUAAAAAUUAGUUAUAUUAAAUUUAUUUGGGAUAUCAACAGAGCUGACAGUCCCUAAAAUAGGAAAAGAUGCGCCAUUAAUUAUAUUAAUUUUUGAGAUAUUAAUUUCUUUACAGUCUUUUUGAUCUGUGAAGCUAUGUGAUUUUGUUUCUUAGACAAUUUUCUACAUUUCCACAAUCUAUGUCUCUUCAAGUUAUACUACCACUUUUAAAGAGUGAAGUAGCUGAGCUCCUGCAUAAACAGUGUCCGAUCUAUUCUUAAGAAUUUUGUAAUACAAGAAAUUUACCAUUUAUGCAACUUUCCUAAAAAUGUCUCAAAGAUAUUAUUUUUUGUGCUAUAUGUUAUAUUCUGAUACAGAUGAUAUAGCAACUUUUUGGCCCAAAUCAUAUUAUUAUCUCCUAUUGGAUCUUUUUUGUAUUGUUUUAAAGAAAAUUUAGUUGCUUUUAUAAGUGUAUAUUGCAAUGUUUGAUUCUCAAAAUAGUAAUUGGAACUGUAAAGUGAUUGUUUCUCAGUACUGAAUGUUGAACAUUAAAUUUGGCUUUUGAUGUAUAAAUUAUUGCCCUAUGUUUGACAUGAGUUUUGUAAACAGAAUUUUAUAUUAUUUAUAAUACUUUUCAUAUGUAGUCGAAAAUGAUAUUAGAAGUUUAUGAAAAUGUGAUCUCCUUAAGUAAACUUUUCCUAAUGUUUCAUAUUGUAUGUAUUUAAUAUUUUAAGCUUAAAUGUUUAUUUUGAGGCUAUGUAGAUGUUACAUAUUUUAUGUAUAAGUUUAUUGUAUUUACCUCAUUUGAAUUUUCUAUAACAGGCUGUGAAUUUCUCUAAAGAUGUAAAACUUUAGUUCCAUAUUAAUAAUUUCGAGCAUUAUUUAUUUUUUGAGCUGCCAAAUAACACUUUAGAUUACUAAAGGUAUAUUAUUUAUUGUAAGGUACAACUUAUUAAUGUAUUGCGAUAGCUUUUGUAACUUUUAAAAAUAAAUUGUUUCCAAGAUUUUAUUAACGAA